CCACGAACCAAGAACGACCAUGACCUCCGCCCUCGACCGCCUCGCCCCCGAGAUCCUCGCCCGCAUCUCUUUCUUCCUCGCCGCCCCCGAGCUCGCCACCACCGUCGCCAGCCCUUCGCUCGUCGCCCUCCACCUUACCUCGCGCGCCCUCCACGCCGCCCUCCAGGCCUAUGCCACCCCACUGCGCGCCCUGCUCUACCGCGCGACGUUCGACACCGCCGCCGCCGCACAGCGCCUGCCCCCGCUCUGGUGCACCCCGCGCUGCUUCGCCGCCGAGCUCGCCGCACGCCUCCCCGCCCUCCGCCGCGUGCGCCGCCGCGCGAAUAUCCGCGCCGACGAAGCCGAACUCGUGCGCGAUCUCUGGACCGUCUUUGUCCUCCUCCUCGAAGACUCGGGCAAAAACUACGCGCUGCUCACCCGCGUCUGCGGCGUGCGCGCCUGGGUGCGCGACAUCGUCUGCGUCGUCUUUGGCCGUGGGCCGCACCGCCCAGAUCUGACCUUGGCCAGCCUCGCCGUCUGGGUCCUGUGGCUCACCGACGACCACGAUACCAUCCUCGCCGAACAGGAACAAGACCCGCAGCACCUCAUCCAGACGCUGCUCUACACCCUCACCAUCGGCGGCUUCCAGUGGUCGUCCUACUACGCCCCGACCUCCCCGCACAGCCUCCCCUCUUGUCCGCACGACGUGUCCCCGCACCUCCCGACCGACGGCCAGCCCCCGCCGCUCCUGCACACCACCUACCUCAACCACCCGCUCUCCGCGCGCGUCCCGCCGCUCACCCCCGCCGCGUCCGCCGCCUACCUCGCCCGCUUCGAAUCCCGCGAAGUCCUCGACCCCGCCCAAUUCGCCCUCCCGCGCACCCGCGCCGACGCCGACGCCCUCCGCCGCGCCGGCCCGACGAUGGAAGAUGUCGCGCGUCUACGCCGCGUGCGGCUGCAGCUCCCGCGCCGCGGCCCGCCAGACGGCAUCAAAUCCGUGGACGUGGAGAUGAUGUUCGAUGAGGAGAGGGCGGCCGGAGACGACGACGACGACGACGAGGGAGAGGGCGAGCAGGAGGACGCGAGCGAGCAACACGACGCGCUCUGGUAUCGGCUCGUGGCCUGCGUCGACCCGUGCGCGGAAGAGUCGACGCCGCUCCGGGGCGUCGUGCACGAUCUCGGCUCGCUCGGCGGGUGCUGGCACGGUCGAAUGGUCGUCCCGGACCCGGAAGCCUUCACGAGCUACCUCUUCGCACCGCCCGCGCCGCGCCGACACCACCACCCGCGCCGGCCGACGCUUGCCCAGAUCCGGAGCUCCAUCCACCCGCUGUACGUCCGCCUGCGCGAGUACCACUGCCUCGCGCCGGACGAGCCGCUCACGAGCUGCGCGCGGCUCAACCUCGGCGGCGUCUCCAUCUCGGCCGAUCAGCCGGACGACGGGGACGAGGCGGGCGUGAACGGCGUGCUGGGCGCGUGGAUGCCGCCCUGGUGGGACGUGCGCGAGGACGGGGAGGGCGCGACGGUGUGGGACCCCGUCACGCGGCGGAGGACGCGGUACGCGUUGCAUCGCGGGGGGCACGGAGCGAACGGCCAGGGAGAGGGGGAGCCCUAUGGCGCGGCGGUGAUGCGGAAAGUGGCCGCCGCGAAGGAGCGGUGGGCGGCGGAGGCGGCCGUGCACGAGUGUAGAGAAGACGACGUGCCGAUGGACGACGGGCCGCUGGGCGCGGACGUCGAGGCGGAGUGGGAGGACACGGUCGAGCACGUCUCGAGCGGCGUGCGCGACAUCCUCCUCCUCGGCGAGACGGGCGCGCCGCACGGCGCCGCGUGGGGCGACCACGUCUUCGUCGGCCGCGUCCGCUCCUGGGACGGCCUCGUCGUCCUCCUCCGCCUCCCCCGCCCCGACCCCGCCCGGACCGCGUUCGCCAGCCCGUUCGGGGACGGGAAGCCCAUGGCGCCGCACGCGGCGGCGUUCCACGCCGUCCCGCCGCACGAUCACGGGCACGCGCAUGCCGGCCGCUGGGUGUUCCGUGGGUACAUGCAGGGCGGGAACAUACUCGGCCGGUGGCGCGAUACGGCGACGGCGGUCGACGUGGUCGGACUCGAGGGCGCGUUUUGUCUUAGCCGCGACGAGGUCGGGUGGUAAGAGACGUCCGAUAAAGCGGUCGGUUCGGCCCGUUCACGACAUGAAUGGAUUGCCACUUUUUUUUCUUUUUUUUUUGCACGAGGAACGUAUCUAUCUAUCUAUCGCGCAUA